AGCGGGGUGCUCUCUCUCUCUCUCACAAGAGGAAACUUCGGCAGCGGGAACGAACGGCUGCAGUGAUGAAACGUGACAUGGCAUCGACUUCCUCCUCCUCCUCCUCCACCUACGUCGUCUUUUCCUCCUUGUCCGUCUUCUUCUCUCUGUCAUCGACUGUGCUAUGGCUGUCGAUGGUUACUCCGUUCGCGUUUUUCGUCGUUUUCGGGGAAGGAGGUGACGUGGCAGUCGCGCCAGGUUCCGAUGCCGCGAUCCAGAUCCCGUCUCCGGAAUCUCCCGACAACCCCUUCGCUCUCUGCGACUUCUAUUUCGAGGGACAUCCCAACCUCACGCUGACUUUUAAUGUAUCAUCAGCAGAGGAGAUCAGGAAUGCUACGCUCUGCGAUGGACAGGAUUCUGUCCAGGCAAGUGGAGAAGAUGCAGCAGGAGGUGGUGUAGGUGGUGAUGGACACGUGUCAGCACAGAGUAUUGCUUCUCAGUCUCUGCAAAGUCACUCUCCAUUGCAGCAGCCGCAGCAGCGUAAAUCGUCACCGACCGCCUGCCGUCGAUUAGGAGGUCCAAUCGUAUCCAGAUAUGGUCCACGUGUCAUUCACAGCUUGUCAGACGGUUGUCUGUUUGUGACGUGGCAUCUGGGUUUCUUCAACUCCUGCGGUGAGCAGUUCUUCCUGAAAGGCGGUGAUCUGUAUGCGGGAGAUCUGCAUAGUCCUGUCGACUUCACCGACAACCCAAUCUUGAUUCGACUGCGCAGCGCUCUGCUCGAGACGGAACACCCUUCUCCUCUUCCUCCUCCUCCUCCUCCUCCUCCUCCUCCGCCUCCUCCUCCUCCUUCGCUAAGAGCACCGGCGAUGUGGUUGACGUCAUUGGAAUCUGAUUCUCAUCAGCAGUCGGUGUCAUCACCGAGUGAUCAACAGUCAGGGUCUGUAUUCCGACCAGCGACGAUGGUGUUACGAGAAGGAGACGACAAUCAGGGUCUGUAUCCCGACCAGCGACGCUGCGUCGUAUUCUAUGCCACUGUCUGAUUAUCCU